GGGAGCUUCAGUCGCGGUUCAAACGUUCCGGUGAUAACAUCGAGCCUCUCCGCAAGCCUUCGAACGGGAACUCUUGUAUAACUGUAGCCAACUUACAGAGACUACAACCAUGGACAAUAAGAUGACUCUCGUCUCAGCAUCAGUUCUCCUCUUGGUCGUCGUCCUGGCUUCGCACAGCGGUGUCCAUGCGAGGUCUGUUGUCCCCGAAGGCCUCCAGGAUCUCGAAAUUCCUCGUCAGGAAAGCGAUAUGUUCGCCGUCAGAAGAAAGAGGCAGGUGUUCGACGCCUCGUGCAAAGGCAUCUACGAUCGGAGACUUUGGGCAAAGCUCAACAACGCGUGCUUGGACUGCCAGAACAUCUACAGAGGGGAUCCGGCUAUUGAGGGAGAAUGCAGGCAAAACUGCUUCGGUACAGAUGUCUUCAGAGGAUGCAUCAAGGCCCUGAAACUACCCACGAAAAUUUAUUUAUAUAAUGCCGAGCUCUUGAGAGAAAGCUAGUGUGUGGAAGCAAUUAUAAAUCAAGGAUCAGAAAUCGAUACAGCUGAAAAAAAAAAUAUAUUUUACAUUCGCAAUCCCUCUAUAAACAAUUAUA